CGCGCAGCGCUCAGCGGCCUCCCGUCCUCGCGCCAUGGAGAAGAGCUCGAGCUGCGAGAGCCUCGGCGCGCGGCCCCCGGCGGCCCGGCCGCCCAGUGAGGACUCACUGUCCAGUGCUUCCACUUCUCAUUCAGAGAACUCGGUGCAUACGAAAUCGGCUUCUGCUGUCUCUUCAGAGUCCAUUUCGACUUCUGCGGACAACUUUUCCCCCGAUCUGAGGGUCCUGAGGGAGUCAAACAAAUUAGCAGAAAUGGAGGAACCGACCCUGCUUCCAGGAGAAAACAUUAAAGACAUGGCCAAAGAUGUGACUUACAUAUGUCCCUUCACUGGUGCUGUCCGAGGAACCCUAACUGUCACAAACUACAGAUUGUAUUUCAAGAGCAUGGAGCGGGAUCCCCCAUUUGUUCUAGAUGCUUCUCUUGGAGUGAUAAGUAGAGUAGAAAAAAUUGGUGGUGCAUCUAGCCGAGGUGAAAACUCUUAUGGCCUGGAGACCGUGUGCAAGGAUAUCAGGAAUUUGCGAUUUGCUCAUAAACCAGAGGGGCGAACAAGAAGAUCCAUAUUUGAGAAUCUAAUGAAAUACGCAUUUCCUGUGUCUAAUGGCUUGCCUCUUUUUGCUUUUGAGUAUAAAGAAGUAUUCCCUGAAAACGGGUGGAAAUUGUAUGACCCCCUCCUAGAGUAUCGGAGGCAGGGAAUUCCAAACGAGAGCUGGAGGAUAACAAAGAUAAAUGAACGCUAUGAGCUUUGUGACACAUACCCUGCCCUCCUGGCUGUCCCAGCAAACAUCCCUGAUGAGGAGCUUAGGAGAGUGGCGUCUUUCAGGUCACGGGGCCGGAUCCCGGUUUUAUCGUGGAUCCACCCUGAAAGCCAGGCCACACUCACCCGCUGCAGUCAGCCCCUGGUGGGCGUGGGCGGGAAGCGCAGCAAAGAGGACGAGAAGCUCCUGCAGGCCAUUGUGGACUCCAACGCCCAGUCACACAAGGCGUUCAUAUUCGAUGCUCGGCCAAGCGUCAACGCCGUUGCCAACAAGGCAAAGGGGGGAGGUUACGAAAGUGAAGAUGCCUACCAAAAUGCAGAACUUGUUUUUCUGGAUAUUCACAAUAUUCACGUUAUGAGAGAAUCAUUACGAAAGCUGAAGGAGAUUGUGUACCCCAGCAUUGAGGAGACUCACUGGCUGUCUAAUUUGGAAUCUACACACUGGCUAGAACACAUUAAGCUCAUUCUUGCAGGGGCUCUUAGGAUUGCUGACAAGGUAGAGUCAGGAAGGACAUCUGUAGUGGUGCACUGCAGUGAUGGCUGGGACCGCACAGCUCAACUCACUUCGCUGGCCAUGCUCAUGCUGGACGGGUACUACCGAACCAUUCGAGGGUUUGAAGUCCUCGUGGAGAAAGAGUGGCUGAGCUUUGGACAUCGAUUCCAACUAAGAGUUGGCCAUGGGGAUAAGAACCAUGCAGAUGCAGACAGAUCACCUGUGUUUCUUCAGUUUAUUGACUGUGUCUGGCAGAUGACAAGACAGUUCCCUACUGCAUUUGAAUUCAAUGAAUAUUUCCUCAUUACCAUCCUGGACCACUUAUACAGCUGUUUAUUUGGAACAUUCCUCUGUAACAGUGAACAGCAGAGGACCAAAGAGAAUCUUCCUAAGAGGACAGUAUCAUUGUGGUCCUACAUGAACAGCCAGCUGGAAGAUUUCACUAAUCCACUCUAUGGAAGCUACUCCAAUCAUGUCCUUUACCCAGUAGCCAGUAUGCGCCAUCUUGAACUCUGGGUAGGAUAUUACAUAAGGUGGAACCCCCGGAUGAAACCACAGGAACCCAUCCACAACAGAUACAAAGAACUUCUUGCCAAAAGAGCAGAGCUUCAGAGAAAAGUAGAGGAACUUCAGAGAGAAAUUUCCAACCGCUCAACCUCCUCUUCAGAGAGAGCCAGCUCUCCUGCACAGUGUGUGACUCCUGUUCAAACUGUUGUAUGAAGGGACUGUUAGGUCAGGGGCCUCGCUGCCAGGAACUCAACAUUACAGCACCUUACGGGUAGAAAGCCUUCCGUGUUUUAAAUCCAUCUAUGGGAGAAACCCUCAGAUGCUCUAUUUAUUUCAAGUCUCUCUUAGAUGAGUUUAGAGACGUCUGGUGCAGGUGGCAAUGGAAGUCAUUUCAUUUGUAAUUAAAGAAUGACACUAAUCUUAAGUCACCCAAAUACUAAAGUACUGGAGUCCUAUUUCCACAGUGGGGACGAGUUUUUAAUUUAAAAAUGUCUUAGAAACUGAGCACCUGGGAAUCUCUAGGUGCGAGAAGGCCAGAGCGGCUGUUCACACCAGAGCACACAUUCCAUCAGAUCAGUUACUCCUUUCUCAAUUCUCCAUUUUUUUGUGUAUUUAAUAUAGUAAAAAGUAUUGUCUUGAGAUUAUUAUGGCAUAUCAAUAGUUCAAAGUUGCUGCUGACCUUGUAACUAGGGUAUUUUCAACAGCAGUUAGGGAAUGGUUAUGCCUU